CCUAUUUGGUUUUAAUUUUUUGUUUCGUUUGCUAAUGUCUUCUUAUCUACUUGUCUUUUAUAUUCGAAUUGAACUUGAUUGUUCUUGGGAUGCGAAAUUAUCUCGGCCGUCUUGUGGUUUCUGGACUCAUUUCAACUUCUUUUUCUUACCAAUCCAAUUGUUUUUCGUUUCACUAAUCCCUUCUUUACUUGAUGACGACUUCAAUUUCCCCCUUGAUAUGUGGCCAUCAGGGUUUAAUUCGACGAUUUAUGGAGUCCGCCGCUGGAAUUUUAUUACCUUUUUUACUUUUAAGGAAAUUUUUUGUUUUGCUCGAAUGAUUUUACCCAUAUGUUUUGGGAUUGCUGUAGAUUGGAAGCUGUGUUCUUAUAGGUUGGUCAUAGAAAUCAUCAGGACACGGGACUGCUACUUGAUAAUUGUUGAAUUAUAGUGGUUUGGUUUCAGCUUUGGUUGAUGGGGACAGGGGAAGAGGGCACGCCUUCUAAAACUUCCAAACCUCCCUCUUCAUCCCAGGAAAUAGCUCCAACACCUUCAUAUCCUGAUUGGUCAAGCUCAGUGCAGGCUUAUUAUGGUGCUGGUGCUACUCCACCUCCCUUCUUUGCAUCUACUGUUGCUUCUCCAACUCCGCACCCUUACCUCUGGGGAGGUCAGCAUCCUCUGAUGUCACCUUAUGGGACUCCAGUACCUUAUCCAGCUAUAUAUCCUCCUGGGGGAGUUUAUGCCCAUCCCAAUAUCACUGUGACUCCUGGCUCUGUACCAAUCAAUGCUGAAUAUGAAGGGAAAUCCCCUGAUGGAAAAGAAAGGGUCUCAAAAAAAUCCAAGGGCAUGUCAGGAAAUACUGCUUCAGGUGGCGGUAGGACUGGGGAGAGUGGAAAGGUGGCUUCAAGUUCUGGAAAUGAUGGUGCUUCUCAAAGUGCUGAAAGUGGUACCGAGGGCUCAUCAGAGGGCAGUGAUGAGAAUGGUAACCAACAGGAAUUUGCUGCCAACAAGAAAGGAAGCUUCAACCAGAUGCUGGCAGAUGGAGCCAAUGCACAAAACAACACAGGUGGACCAAAUGCUAAAUCUUCAGUGACUGGGAAACCCAUCGCCAACAUUCCUGGAACUAAUCUGAACAUGGGAAUGGAUUUGUGGAAUACCACCAAUGCAGGUUCAGGGGCUGGAAAAGUGAGAGGAAAUGCUGUCUCAUCAGCUAUUGUUACUGUACCGAUGGUUGGUCGUGAUGGUAUGAUGCCUGAACAAUGGGUUCAAGACGAACGGGAGCUAAAAAGACAGAAGAGGAAGCAGUCUAACCGAGAGUCUGCCAGGAGAUCAAGAUUACGCAAGCAGGCGGAGUGUGAAGAACUACAAGCGAGAGUGCAGACAUUGAACAACGAAAACCGUACUCUCAGGGACGAGUUACAAAGGCUCUCCGAGGAAUGUGAAAAGCUAACAUCAGAGAAUAGUUCCAUCAAGGAAGAAUUGACACGAUUUUGUGGGCCAGAGGCAUUAGCUAACUUCGAAAAAGGAAACGCUGCACCACCUGCUCAAUCUCGAGGCGGCGAAGGCAAAGAUUAAGAACAUCAAUUCCACAACAUUCAAAAGCGAUGGACUCUGGACUGGGGAAGAGAAAGACCAUAUUAACUUAAAUUUAUGAUCUUGUUGUAGGAAUAUAGAAAUUUAUUUUUCUGACUAGAUAUACGCUUGACCCUGUUUCAACAACUGUAACAUUAUAAAAAGAAAAAAUUUCUCACUUUGUGGUUUCA